CGUGCGUCCGCAAGUUGUUCCUCUUCUUCACGAACCUCUGCUCUCAAAAAUCUUGGGUUAAGGUUAGGGUUAGGGUUAGGGUUUCCUCGAUCUUAGCAAUGGAGGAUGUCACUGAAGCCGUUAACAGCCUCACCAUCAACGAACCGCACAAGAAGAACCGCAUCCAGGUUUCCAACACCAAGAAACCCCUCUUCUUCUACGUCAAUCUCGCCAAGAGGUAUAUGCAGCAGCACAGCGAAGUCGAGCUUUCUGCCCUCGGGAUGGCCAUUGCAACCGUUGUUACCAUCGCAGAGAUUCUCAAAAACAAUGGUCUUGCUGUAGAGAAGAAGAUCACGACAUCCACAGUAGAUGUGAAGGACGAAUCAAGGGGAAGGCCUAUCCAAAAGGCAAAGAUUGAGAUAUUACUGGGUAAGUCAGAGAAUUUCGAUGAGCUGAUGGCAGCAGCAGCAGAAGAAAGGGAAGCAGCAGGUGGUGACGAGCAGAGUUAAAAAAGGACCAAAGUCUCAUAUUUGUCCUGUUAUUUUCUCCUUGGCUUUUUAUUGAGUUUGUUUUGAUGCAAUUGGAGAUGUUUAUUUGUCAAAGAACUGGUUUUGUCAGCAUCAGUUUCUUUUCUAGGCUGUGAUAUAAACUUAGCAAGUGUAGUUAACUUACAUAACGAUUUAUAAGUUCUCAUUCUAAGGUUCUUUCAUUUAAUUAAACUGUGGGUGUUAAUGAUA